AUGGCAAACCUUGCUGAUUCUUUUCUAGCGGAUCUGGAUGAACUGUCAGACAAUGAAGGCUAUCCUGAAGAAGACAAUGCUGAGGAAGCGGGUAGAGAAGAAGAUGAUGAUGACAUGCCUGACCUUGAGUCUCUUAAUUAUGAUGAACUUGAUAGUGUCUCAAAGUUGCAAAAGACACAACGCUAUAAUGAUAUAAUGCAAAAAGUUGAAGAUGCACUUCAGAAAGGCACUGACUUCUCUAAUCAAGGUUUCAUCCUGGAGGAGGAUCCAGAGUACCAGCUUAUUGUUGACUGCAAUGCUUUAUCAGUAGAUAUUGAGAAUGAAAUAAUCAUAAUCCAUAAUUUCAUACGGGACAAGUAUAGGUUGAAGUUUCCUGAACUGGAGUCCCUUGUUCAUCACCCAAUCGAUUAUGCCCGUGUUGUCAAGAAGAUUGGAAAUGAGAUGGAUUUAACACUUGUAGAUCUGGAAGGGCUUUUACCUUCUGCAAUUAUAAUGGUUGUCUCAGUGACAGCAUCAACAACAAGUGGGAAGCCUCUUUCUGAAGACAAUUUGGAGAAAACCAUUGAAGCAUGUGACAGAGCCCUUACCCUUGAUGCGGCAAAGAAGAAAGUGCUUGAUUUUGUAGAGAGCAGAAUGGGGUACAUUGCACCAAACCUUUCUGCAAUUGUUGGCAGUGCUGUUGCCUCCAAACUGAUGGGUACUGCAGGUGGUCUGGGAGCACUUGCAAAAAUGCCUGCUUGUAAUGUUCAGUUACUUGGUGCAAAGAGGAAAAAUCUUGCUGGAUUUUCUACCGCCACUUCUCAGUUUCGUGUUGGCUAUCUUGAACAAACUGAAAUAUGCGAGACUGAUAUGAUGAAGCUUGCAAAUCAAUGCAGUUUGGAAUUCAGAGGAGAGCUCACUAGAUUCAAGGAGAAGAGCUAUGGUAGCAGUGGUGCAACUUCAGGAUUAACAUCCAGUUUGGCAUUUACACCAGUUCAGGGAAUAGAGCUGUCAAAUCCACAGGCCCAAGGAAACCUUCUUGGAGGCGGAACUCAAAGUACUUACUUUUCUGAGACCGGCACAUUUUCAAAGAUCAGGAGGACGCAAUAG